AUUCGCGCCCAUUCAGAGCGUGUAGACAAGCGUGCUGCAGCGGUGCGACAGCGUGCUAGGAUAGAGAACCCCCUUCAAGACGAAUUUGAUCUGUCGAGCAAGACGGAAGAUUCGCGAGGAUUACCUCAGACGUUCAACUCGCCGCCGCUCAUGGAAGGUCUGCUCGCCUCACUGAGAGAAUAUCUUCCCUCUGCUGCUCGUCCGACACCUAUCCAGGCGUUGUCACUCAAACAUCUUUUCGAACAAAGAGAUAUCUCAAAGCCUUGGCGACAGUUUCUACUUGCAUCUGAAACAGGCUCAGGGAAGUCGAUAGCAUAUCUUUUGCCUAUGCUUCAAGACCUCAAACAAUCAGAAGCACAUCUUUCGUCCUCCGUAUCACAAGGCACAGGGUCUCAACCUCAGCGGGCCAUCAAUCCUCGCGCGCUUGUCCUAGCUCCUACUCACGAACUCUCACGUCAACUCUCCUCCUUCGCUAAAUCCCUCCUACACAACAUCAAACUACGUGUUCUCUGUGCCUCGCGCGCUAAUAUUCCUAGCAUACGCAAGAGAAGCAGUACAGCUUCAAAAAUGUCGGAAGAAUUUGCUGAGAUGGGCUCAGGGACAGAGCUUGAUAUGCGCAGGGGCGUAAAAGCCCAUCCCGUCGAUGUUCUUGUCAGUACACCGGCCAAGGCUCUAGAGAUGGCCAGAGGAAAAGGCUGGGACUGGGAGGAAAGGGAGCGCAAGAGAAGAUUAGAUGAUGAGAAGAAUGCUAUGAAAGAAGAAGUCACGGAUCCACAGCAGCCUCUGCGCAAAUUCUGGGUAGAUGAACCCGAGAUGAGCCUUGCCAAUAUCGAAUGGGUCGUAGUUGACGAAGCCGACGUGCUAUUUGACCCCGAUUUCCAGGAGUCGACACGGAUGCUUCUGGCAGAUAUCAGUGCUGCUCGGGGAUACCCUGUCAACUUCUCCCCAGAGAUGCCCCUUCUUACGUCUACAGCCCCCAAGAACGAGCCUGCUCCAAAACCGGCUGCCGUUGACUACCCAUUUAACUUCCUCCUUACCUCAGCGACCAUUCCUUCCUCUCUUUCAUCCUAUAUUGAAACCCACCACCCCCUCCUUACGCGUCUCGCUUCUCCCAACCUUCAUCGCCUACCGAGCACGCUGAAAACAGAGCACGCUAACUGGACAGGCGGAAACCGUAAUGCAGAUAUCGAACGACGCAUUCGUCGUGUCUGGGCAGAGGACGCACUUGCUUCCGCAAAAGCCGGGCGCGCAGCAGAGUUGUCAAAGAUCUUGGUGUUCUGUAACAGAAGAAGUAAAGUCGAAGACCUCAGUUCGUACUUGGAGGAAAAGAAGAUCAAGAACGUGGCAUUGUCAAGCACAGCUGGGGACCGUAAAAGAGGUUCUAAUCAUCACCUUGACGGUUUCCUCCGCAAGAAGUCCGAAUCGACUCCCUCACUCGAAGCAGGCCCUGCACCCUCAGGAUCACAUAACCCGAAGGAGACGGCACACGUCAUGAUCACCACUUCACUUCUCUCGCGAGGCCUUGACUUCUCUCCAUCUAUCCGACAUGUCUUCAUUGUUGACGAACCUAGAAACAUGAUCGACUUCCUACACCGCGCUGGACGAUCUGGAAGGGCUGGCGAGCAGGGCAAAGUCGUGGUCUUUGGAAAGCAAAAAGGAAGAGGCUCAGGCAGAACAGUAGAUGUCAAGAAAAGAGUUGGGGCAUUGGUUGCGUGAGCUGAUCACGGUACGUCAAAAAGGGGUACAACAUGCAAAAAUAUAAUAGAUACAUCGACAACAAAACACAAUAAUAAUGAGAACAAAAAAAAAACACGAUACAGUAGAGUCAGAAACACAUGUCGAAAACGCGAAAGCAUAUACCGGUUUACACUAUUUACCCUGGAAUGUUUGCAUUAAUGUUCUUAUUCCACCAAACUUAUGUUUCGUAGGUGGACGAGUGGGUCCUCCACUAGGGGGUGGCUGCCACCCAUCGCUAGUCGAGAACCCCAUCCUCGUCAGUUUAUUGGCGCUCAUGAUAUGUUUCGCUUGAUCAUUUCCUCUUCUUCUGGACGGUAUAUGAGCACUCAGCGACACUUGCACAGGAGCGGUCGCCACUCGAGAUAGCGGCACAUGCAUAAUCGGUCCUUCUGUUUCAAGUGGGCUCGACUCCGGGUCUGGAGUGCGGGAACGGGGCGCGAGGAAAGCAUUCCCUGAUGAAAAGACCUGACCAGUAGGUCGAUCCAUUGAGUGAAGUUCAUCCGAGGCGGAACGACUUGGGCGCCUCAGACCAGGUACAACAAUUAAGCGUGACGCGGUUUCGCUGGAUGAAUC